AUGUCAUACGGAGCUACAGACUCUACAGCGUCUGCGGGCCAAUCUCAAAACGCCUCUCUACCUUCGGCGAUCGGCACGGGCCGAAAUGGAGAAAAUAGAAGCACGCGACAAAGCCUGAAGGCUUUCUACGACAGGAAUUUCGGCCUCUUCCUGGUGUUCUUGGCUCAAACUUGCGGUUCUAUUAUGAACACAGCGGCCAAAUUACUAGCUAAUGAUCCUACCAUCAAAUUCCAUGCUCUGCAGAUUAUCUUCAUCCGCAUGUUAUCCACUACAAUCCUAGGGUCCUCGUAUAUGUGGUAUCAUAAAGUCCCAGACUUUCCGUUAGGCCCGCGCGGGGUUAGGAAGUAUUUGGUGCUAAGAGGGGCUGCUGGGUUUAUGGGGAUUUUUGGACUUUACUAUUCGCUAUCGUGGCUCAAUUUCGCUGACGCUACGGUUAUCACGUUCAUCAUACCGACUAUGACGGCAUUUGUAUGCUUUGUCUGGCUGAGAGAACCGUUUACGAUCAACGAAGCAUUGGCGGGACUCAUUGCUUUUACUGGAGUUCUCUUCGUCGCAAGACCGCCUUGGCUUUUCCCUGGUCCGCCACGAGACCCCAUUUCUGGCCAGCCUGAGCCGCACGGGUUGGCGUUUCUAACUUCAACCAUGCAAGGUGGUAAAGCCCCUACGCUCCCUAUGUCUCCUCACAAAAGGACACUCGUCAUUCUCAUCGCUAUCAUGGGUACCUUUGGUGCCUCCACCGCAUACGCUACUAUCCGCAUAAUUGGCAAACGUACGCAUUCGCUCAUUAGCGUGAAUUAUUUCGCAGCCAUUGCGACCAUCGGCUCAACGAUAAUCAUCACCGUCCAUCCCGACCUGCACUUUGUUAUGCCCAAGAGUGCAGGGCAAUGGGGCCUUGUUGCAAUUAUCGGUGUCGCGGGGUUUUUGCUCCAGUUCCUUCUCACGGAGGGCCUUCAGAGAGAGAAGGGGGGCAGAGCGACGAAUUUGACAUACGUGCAGCUUGUAUUUGCGUUGGUUGUUGAGCGCGUGAUCUGGGGGACUACGCCGCCUGUGGAAAGUCUCAUCGGCGCUCUGCUGAUUAUCGGCGCGGCUGUGUGGGUCAGUUUGCAGAAGAAUUCAGCGGCUGCUGCGCCAAAGAAGGCAGACGUUGUGGAUGAAGAAAGUAGCUUGUUGGGGACCAACGAAGAAGGAGAACGGUAG